CGCAACAUUGGAUGAGGACGUCUUUGCGGCGGCGCUGGACGGCGAGCUCGCUUUACUGAAAUCGGCAAGAGAUCUAGCAUGGACGGCGCCGCUCCCGGCGGACCGCGCGCAAUGUCUUGCGGCCUCAAACGACGUCGUCGUGGUAUCCACGCGCCUCGGGAGCCUCGUGGCUUUUAACCACAAGGGCAGUGAGCGGUGGUCCCAGAAACUCCAUGGAGACGACGACGGCGGCGGCACUUACGUUAUCAUCCACAACAACAUUUGCUAUGCGGCGGGCGGCGGCGCCUGGGCCGCUUUUUCACUAGAAACGGGCGCGCCCCUCAUUCAAGGAAUUUUGAGACCGCGGCGCUGCCGCGGCCUCGGCGCCGCCUCCUCAAAUGUCAUCGCCGCGGUCGAGGCCGGCGAUUCCGACGACGCGCCGGGGCGCCGCGGCGAGAUGGAGCGGACGUGCGCGCUGGCGACGCUCGCGCUGCCGCGGCGGCCCGCCGCCGACGCCUCCAAGCUGGCCAAGCUCGAGGCGCGCUUCGCGGUCGCGGCCGACCCGUUCCGCGCGGCCGUGCGGCCCGCCGACGGCGCCGCGCGCCUCGCGAAGCUCGCGGCGCGCCUCGGGCCGCCGCCGGGCUUCGGUGGGGCGCCGCCGAGCCCGCCGCCCGGGCUCGGCGACGCGCCGACGCCGCCCGCGUCGGCGCGGCGCGCGGCGUCGUCGCCGUCGUAGGUUUUGUGUGUAACUGUUCUGACCAUCUCCUGGAGCGUCGUACCACGCAUGGAGGCGAGGCUCCACCAGACCUCGUUGGGACCAGGAGAGCCACCGGCGCUACAAGCAGCGCUCUGCGUGCUGCGGCGGCGGAGAAGCUGCCCCCGAGCGCCGGAAGCCAGCGGGCGUUGGCGCCAAAUCACGCCAGCCGAUCGGCGAAGGGCUGCCUUGGUGCGCCGCCCGUGAAUCGUACUCCUUGCAGGGUGCUGUAUGCCUGGCACCGCGACCCUCCCGCGAGUCGGCGUCAAGGUCCGCGCCCGCCGGCGCGAAGGCGGCCGCUGGCACAAGGCCCGCGUCGUGGCCGUUGGAGACGACGCGUGCGACCUCGACUUUGCCAAUUACGGCCGGGUAGAAGGCGUGCCCGCGGAGCGCAUCCAAGGCACGGAAGCGCCCACGCGACGCCGGCCGGCGCCCGCCUCGCCCCUCCGGAAGCCUCGGAUCCGAGUCAUUACGAGGGGCCACAAACCCGCCGAGCCGUACCGCGGCGACCGGAAGGUCGACAAAAAGCUCAAGGACUCGAUCGGCUGGUGCGCGACGCGCGGCGACGUCGACCUCCUCGAGGAGGCGCUGAAACGGCGCGGCCUCGGCGCGCGCGACGCGCACGGCUGGUCGUGGUUGCAUCACGCCGCCGCGGGCGGUGCCACGGACCACCUCAAGGCGAUCCUGCGCGUCGUGCGCGACCGUGACGACGACGACGACGACGACGAAGCCCCGCUCGACGCCUGCGAAGACCUCAACGGCAUGACGCCGUUACAUUUGGCAUGCGUCGCGAAGCACGUCGACUGCGUCCGGUUGUUGCUCAAGGCCGGGGCUUCGGCCGGUAGCAAAGAUUCCAUGGGCUUCACGUCACUAGAGCUUGCAGGCAAGGCGGGCCACCGCGCGCGGCGCAUCCGCGCGCUCCUCGACUCCACGGGCGAGACGUCGGACUACUCCUCGAGCGACUCCGAAUCUGACAACGACGAGCGCCAGAGCUACGAUCCGCUGGCGACACUCCUCCCGGACCGCGAAUAUGACAAAUACCCGUGCCCGGCGCCGCGCCACGUUCCGGGGGCGUGCCGCUGCUGCGACGCGCUCGACGCCUGCGAGGCGCGGUGGAACCAGUCGACGCAGGUCUGGAUCCCGCCCGUGCGGCCCACGGUCGGGCGGCUACCGCCCGACGGCCGCACGUGGAAGAGGAGCGACGUCCGCCGGUACUACGGCGGCACGCGGCGGAACAUGCUGGGCACGACGCGGCGUGGGUAA